AUGGCGAACUCGUGGCCCCAAGAGGUGGCAUGGCCUGACGGAUUCCGCGAGCAUGCCACGCAACUCGGCAGAUACCUCAGAGAUGCCCUCCUGUACAUCGAACGCGUGAAAGACCAACCCGUCCCCAAUGACCUGGCUAAGAUGAUGGCUAUGAGCGCACUAUCUUUCGUUAACAAAAUCCACAACAUUCCCGACCUCGGUACCAUACACGACGCGCUUCAAAUGGCCCGAACCGAAUCGAAAAUCACGGCGGAAAAUACGAUGCAGGCCCUCAACGAUAUCAAAAUGGAAGUCAAAAAGGCAGCAAACACAAGUCAGCAGGCGUUAGAGAGAAUCUAUGACAACCACGAAACACAAAACGAGAUGAAAGCAGCAGCCAGAGAAACGACCGAUAUCGGCAAAAAGGUUAUGAUAAUGGUGAGGGAGAUGAAGAAUACCGAACAGCAUAAUCAACCGAGCCCCCUACGGACCUACGCAUCGGUAGCGGCGGGGAACGGGCUAGCUACAAGCAUACACAAUCCAUUGAACCAACUCAAAGCGCCACCCGCGCAAAUACUCCGUGAGAUUAUAGUAAACAUCCGCAACCCACUCACCGUGGCGAGCCUACGGGCGAUGAACCCGCGUAGUCUAAAGGCACACGUAGAUCGUGCUAUAGAACAAAGCGGCAAUGAGCACAUCGAGAAGAUCAAGACUGCGUCCACUAACCAGCUGAAGAGCGGUGAUCUUAGCAUCAAGACAGCUACGGCCCCCGACAUGGAAGUGCUCCGACAGUUCGCCGAGGAUUGGGAACACCGGGUCGGCAACGGGGCCACCGUCCGCAUUCCGACAUACGGCGUUCUUGUACACGGUAUCCGUACUAGCUCUAUGGAUGUAGAGCAAUUUGAGGAAACCAGAGACAAUAUUUUACAGGAAAACAAACCAUUCAUCCCAAAUGCGGGAAUCAAAUAUAUCGGAUAG